CUUUGACAUUUGCGAUUUUGUUUUUUACAAAAAAUACCAAAACAAAAAGUUGUUUUUAUACAAAGUCAAUGAAAUCGUUAUUUUUAACACAAGUAGCACAACUUUCCGAAAUAAGAAUAUAAAUAUAGUUUACAAACCUAACCGAUAUUCGUUUAAUAACAACAACUUACAAAUUUAGGUUAAUGUGUUUUCUCCUAAUUUGAUCAAUACUUUUUGUUGACUAUCAUAUUUAUAAGUAAAUUCCAUAAAUUUGCGUGAAACACUCCUUUUAAUUACGUCAACAUGUAAAAAAUAGAUGUCGCAUUUAGCCCUGGAAAAUAUAGCACACGCAAUUUGAAAGAUUGAUUACCUAGGGAGCCUUCAGAGCUAAACACCAUUUUAUAAUUAGUCUUAUUUUAACAGAAGAUAACAAUGGUAAGAGUGAUUUCAGUGCAUCAUUUUGCAAAUCAACACAUCCAAGUAGUAGAACAGCCAACAGCAUGUACAGUUGCACCUCCAAAUCGGUUGCUUUCAGCCCUUAUGAAUAAUUGUGUAGAAGUUAGGGAUUUAAGUAAUGAUUCUGAGAUAAUAUUUUCUUUUCCUACUGUGGAUGAAGUUGUUCAAAUAGUUCACUGUCUAAAUGGUGACUAUGUUGCUACUUUGGAAACAAAAUUUAAUCGCCAAAAUAAAGAGAUCAAUUUUGUCCGAAUUUAUAUUAAUUGGGAUAGCAUUGCAACUUUACAGCAAUCUAAAAUGACAAGUAGUGGUGUAAGUCUUGGUUCUUCAGAAUGUGGGAUGGUCCAGCCCAUGAGAGCUAGAAUUGCAGGUAGAGUCACACCCACUACUAACCAGUCUGAACUAGGUAGUCUUGAGAUGAUCGAAGUACCAGUUAAGAGGAAUCCAAAUUUUGUUGAAUGUUGUCAGGUGUCUGGAAACCUAUUAAUACUUUCAGAAAAAUUCAUAAACAUAUAUUCAUUCCAAAUUAAAACACAUGAUAUUUCUAAAAUGAGAUUUGUCGAUUUUGAGGAACUUCCCAUUUUGAUUGAACUGUCAUUUAACCCUUAUCAAGUGUCAUUUUGUGAAAAUUACAUUGCUUGCAUGAGUAAAGAUGCUUUUUAUCUAUUUAGAAUAUCUGAAAGUGUUAAAAGGGAAAAUAGCGAAUUAAAUUUAUGCUGUGAAACAGAUUUUAGCUACAUUUACCCCAAUAAUGGCCCAAUAGAUUAUAAAAAAUUGUUAAAAGAUGAACUGUUGAAUGCAUCCAAAGACAAAAUAACUGUUAAUUUACCCACUAUAGUUAAAGAAAAUAGUAUAAUUCACAAAAGUAGCCCAUUUACAUUUAGUGAUAAAGAUAUAUCUGGGAUAAUUAGAUCAACUGCUAUUGUAGAAACCAAGAGUGUUCAAUACAAAAUUGAGAAUCUAAUACAAUUAAGACUUUUAUCGAUUCUGAUCGAAAGCGCUCAAAGGCAAGUGACAGAAGAAUUCAAGAGCAUGAUUUUGCGACCUAUAUAUAUAGAUCAAAGCUUAAAUAAAUCGUCAUCAAAAGAUUCCAAUAAGAAAUUCUUACACAGCGAUUUUGAUAAAUGUCUUAAUAGCGUCAUGUGCAUUGUUGCUACCCAGCAAGAGGGUUAUUUAUACCAUUUUGAUGACAAUGUAACAUGUGCUGAUAGAGACAAUUGCCUGGCUGUAUACCCCUUCACAGCUCCAGUUUUUAAAUUAGUUAUGGAAGAAUAUUUAUUGCACGCUUUAACUGAGACAGGCCUGGAGUCAUAUACGUUGAGAUAUGGGCAUCAGUUGUGUAGGAACUUCGAACUUAUUGAUAAUAUAAAUGUGGCGUGUCCCUCAGUGUCUGAAUCCAUCUGCCUUGUGGGGUUGAGGCCCUUCUUGGGAGUUGAACAAAUUUUACUAACAGAAAAUCACAUGAUUCUUUUGGCCAAUUCUGAAACAUCACCUGCACAUUCGGCUAGUUCGAACAGCAGUUCAAAUGCAUCGUUUCUAACGUUAUAUAAUCUUGAACUUCCCUCGCCUAAAAUGAUUUUCAAUGACAUUUCUAUUGUUGCCAAUGUUCACAGAUUUACAUCGGUACAAACUUACUGCCAUUUGAUGAGUGAAGCCCAUAUGGUGCUCAGAUUGACGCUUCUGUUAAAAAAAUGGACAAUGACUGAUGAUAAUGUAAAGUUAAUAAUAGCUAAAAAGAGCAAUAACGAUGACGUUAUUGAGACUUACAGAAUUUCUUGUGCGCUUUUGGGUGAUCAUUUUGUCAUGUGCAGCAAUGAGGAUGAUUACAGCUUAGCUGUACCGUACUACAAAAUGGCUAGAGUACUACCAGCGGAAGUGUUGAAGAGGGUUAAAAAAAUACAGGAGCAAUCUGGAAAUCAUUCUACAAAGGGCUUAAUGUUCUAUCUUAAAAACACAUUAUUGGACGUUAAAGCUGGACCGGACGCAGAUAAAAUAUUUGGUUCUACGUCGAAACAAAACUUUUCAGAAUCGAUCUUGGUUUUAUUAGAACAUCACAGUUACGAGGAUCUUCCAAAUUUGAUAUUGAAAAGCAAAAUAUUUAGAGAGUACUCCACGGAUAAACUGAUUUGUAUUUUGAACGAAAAAAUGUCUGACAAUUUUCCAAAAACGUCUGAAAAACAUUUAGCCCUAACUCUUCUCUACAUUCUUAAAUGCAAUUCAUCAAAAGCACAAGAUCAUUUAGACAAAAUCACGAGGGAUAAUUUGUGUUGGCUUAUUUUGGAUAAUUACGAUUUAUUAUUCGAAACCACUUAUUGUCCCCAAAAUAGAAAUAAGAGCGUAACCACUUUUUCGGAACUGACCAUUUUGCUUAUCGGUAUAUGCCCGGAAUUGUUGUCCUCUAUCUUCGUAAAUCUCAUAAUGGAUAAGAAGGUCAUUAAUUUGAGCAAGAUUAUCAAGGUGUUUUUGGAAUAUUUGCCAUCGAGCAUAAGCAGCGAUAGCAGCUGUGCAAGAUUGGUUCUUCAAAAAACCAUAGAAAUGUAUUUCGAACGAUAUUUUUCAAAGCCAGAAAAUAUCGAUUUAACUAAAGUUGUAUACGAAAGAGGUGCUAGCGAGGCUUUGAAACUUCUAGUCAGAUCUUAUCUUUCCGAGUUACAAAUACAGCAGAUAAGAGACGAAAGUAUCAAAGAUGGAAGGAAUAUAAAUUGUAAUCGAAAUAUGGAAAAGGAGGUAUAUGAAGAUGAAAACGACGACACCAACAAAGACAGGCAUCAAGAAAAAUUGGGCUACAAUCGGAUAAAUAAAACCUAUUUCGAAGAACAAGUUAAAAAACCCAAAGAUUCCUAUCUGUUUUCGAGUCUCCGUUACGAAUAUUUAGAUAAAAUGCCGCCGUUUCAAAUAGAGAUUACCUCGAAAUUGUAUGAGGCUUGCAUCGAAGAUUACCCCGCCAAAGAACAGGGUGGACCCAAUGAAAAAGCUGAUAUUAUUUUAAAAAAAUUGCAGGCUUUGCUGUGUAGCCAAGUUGUCCCUAAACAAGUUAUAAUUGAGGUUAAUGGUUAUCUAUCUGUUAAUGAAACACUUAGAGGCAACGAAAGUUUGCAGUCAAUUACAAUGUUGACCAACGAUGCUACUUUAUUAUUAAUAGACUCGUGUCCACAGUGUCUUCUUCAAUUUGGCAAGGAUAGGUUUACCAGAACCGAUGAAUGGAAGUUCUUAAUAGCCACCGUACAACGAAGAAUUUUGAAGUUAUCCCAAACAGAAAACGUUAGAAGAGUGUGCUUUUUCCACAAGAAGAUUUUAAAAGAUAUUUUGACUUAUGUGGCCUCUAACAUGACCCUCGACCAAUUAAUACAAGUAUUUCCUCAGCGAUUUAGCACAAACCAUCGAGAUUCUAAUCACAAAGAAUCUGCCGAGAUUUCGCCGAAAUUUAAAGAUUCGCAUGAAAAAUCCGAGUUUGCUUAUAGCGACGAAGAUCUCGAUAUAUUAAGGGAAAUACAAAACUACGAACCUUUUGUCACUAUUUGCAAGGAAACCAUGCACGCUAACCAAAUAAAUAAACUUAUUACCACAACUGGGCAGCAGUUGUUGUGUUCACUUAAUUUGUAAUAACCUAUAACACCGUAUUUUGAUUCUUUUGGAAAAAGUUUUAUUAAAUGAAUAAAGGUCAACUAUUGGUUAAUGUUAGUACAUAGAAAUGCCGCGUUUGAGAAUCCACAUCGGAUGCAUUUUUUACAUUUCGACGUUUUUUUUAUCCACAUCGGACACAUCUGUCCCAUUAGAUUUACGUA